CCACCCGCAUAUGACCCCACGUUGUACAGUCAUCUCCCGCUGCACCAGCAACCGCUACCGUCGGAUCCGGAAUAGGCAUGGGUGGACGAUCUGCCCCACACUCUUCCUCGGGGAGCGGAUCUACGCAGGACUGGAUGGGGAGGCACUACCAGCAAAGGGAAGUAGGGACUAGUGGUCAGUCGUACUCGACAAUGUUGGAGGGGGGUCUCGACGGUGGCCAUACGGAGAUUGUGGACUUGGAUUUUGGCUUGCCAAGUGGGACGCCUGGAGUGGGUGCUAACACUUGUGCAUCGAACCACGUGGGCGCCACGACUGUCGGGCAAACGUCGGUGAGUCGAGUGGGAGUGGUGGGGGUAGGUGGAAGAUCCUCCGGUGUGGGUGGCACGACAGAUGGGUGUCGUCCAGCGCCCUCCAUUUGUGGAGGCGGCAGAACAGCUGGCGAUCCGCCGAGCGUAGUGUUACCCACCCACUCCGCGACGCCUUUGCCUGCACUGCGACAGAGGGCGGUCGCACUGGCGGCGAACACCAGGCUCACCAGCACUUCUCCACCGGAAGAAAUGGGGAGGCAGGCGUGGGCGUCCUGUCGCCAGCAGAUGCGCCGAGCGAUCGCUGAUAACAUAACAAACGGGGUGUCGCGGAUGAGUGUGGGGCGCGAUACCAAUGCGGAUGACACUCGGAGGGCGAGUGGUGAAGAAUCUCUGAAUCAGAUUCUCAUUGCGAGGAGGAACCAGAAGAUGCGGAAGACUUGGAGAUUCGACCCGUUGGUGUGCGUGGUAGACGGAGGGGUGGAUGCGGACAUCAAGAGAAGGCCGCAUCACGUGGCAUUCGAGGAUCGAAGGGUCCUGUGGGCGACAACAUGUCUCAAGGCAAUAAGACCAUCUACCCGAAUAAACUUGCGAACACGAGUGCCCGGGGAGGAGUGCAGAUGUCGAGGGAUACUCAACGUUGGCCAUCCUCUGCAGGCGAAUCUUGUGCCGGGGGAGAUGUGGGUGAUGGCAACGACUAAGAUGGAGGGUCGGGGCGGGAGUCCAUGUUCAGUGCAGGCAGCACGGGGGGUGCUGGCAAGAGAAAGAACAUGUGCGCUGUAGUGAUGGCGGUGACUCCGCACAUGCACUCAGGAAGGGCGCUGUUGAAGGCACAGUGUGCACAGUUUGACAGU